CUGUCCCUGUGUCACCUCCUGUCCCCUCUUAUCAUUGUGUCCCCUCCUGUCACCCCCCUGCCCCCUUCUGUGUCCCUUCCUGCCACCUCCUCUGUGUCCUCUCCUGUCCCCAUGUCCCCUCCUGUCACUGUGUCCCCUCCUGUCCCCAUGUCACCCCUCCUGUCCCCCUGUCACCUCUCCUGUCACCCUAUCAUCUGUUACCUUGAUCCCUCCUGUUCCCUGCUGUCCCCAUGUCCCCUCCUGUCCCCAUGGCCCCUCCUGUCCCCAUGGCCCCUCCUGUCCUCAUGUCACCUCUCCUGCCCCCAUGUCCCCUCCUGUCCCCUUAUCAUCUCCCACCUCAAUCCCUCCUGAGCCCUGCUGUCCCCAUGUCCCCUCCUGUCCCCAUGGCCCCUACUGAUCCCAUGUCACCUCUCCUGUCAUUGUCACCUCCUGUCCCCAUGUCACCCCUCCUGUCACCCUGUCACCUCAUCAUCUGCCACCUCCACCCCUCCUGUCCCCUGCUGUCCCCAUGUCACCCCUCUUGUCCCCAUGUCACCUCUCCUGUCCCCAUGUCCCCUCCUGUCACCUCAUCAUCUGCCACCUCCAUCCCUCCUGUCCCCUCCUGUCCCCAUGUCACCUCUCCCGUCACCCUUCACCUCCUGUCACCCUAUCAUCUGCCACCUCCAUCCCUCCUGUCCUUCCUGUCCCCCCAUGUCACCUCUCCACCUCCAUCCCUCCUGUCCCCUGCUGUCCCCAUGUCACCUCCUGUCCCUAUGGCCCCUCCUGUCCCCAUGUCCCCUCCUGUCCCCUCCUGUCACCCUAUCAUCUGCCACCUCCAUCCCUCCUGUCCCCUGCUGUCCCCAUGUCACCUCUCCUGUCACCCUGUCACCUCAUCAUCUGUCACUUCCACCCCUCCUGUCCCCUGCUGUCCCCAUGUCCCCUCCUGUCCUCAUGUCACCCCUCCUGUCCCUCUGUCCCCUCCUGUCACCCUAUCAUCUCCCACCUCCAUCCCUCCUGAGCCCUGCUGUCCCCAUGUCCCCUCCUGUCCCCAUAUCACCUCCUGUCCCCCUGUCACCUCUCCUGUCACCUUGUCAUCUGCCACUUUGAUCCCUCCUGUUCCCUGCUGUCCCCAUGUCCCCUCCUGUCCCCAUGGCCCCUACUGAUCCCAUGUCACCUCUCCUGUCAUUGUCACCUCCUGUCCCCAUGUCCCCUCCUGUCACCCUAUCAUCUCCCACCUCCAUCCCUCCUGUCCUUCCUGUCCCCAUGUCACCUCUCCACCUCGAUCCCUCCUGUCCCCUGCUGUCCCCAUGUCACCUCCUGUCCCCAUGUCACCCCUCCUGUCCCCCUGUCCCCUCCUGUCACCUUAUCUCCCACCUCGAUCCCCCCGUCCCCUCUUGUCCCUCCUGUCCCCAUGUCACCCCUCCUGUCAUCCUGUCCCCUCCUGUCACCUCAUCAUCUGCCACCUCCAUCCCUCCUGUCCCCUGCUGUCCCCAUGUCACCCCCUCUUGUCCCCAUGUCACCUCUCCCGUCACCCUUCACCUCCUGUCCCCAUGUCACCUCUCCACCUCCAUCCCUCCUGUCCCCUCCUGUCCCCAUGUCACCCCCUCCUGUCCCCAUGGCCCCUCUUGUCACCCUAUCAUCUCCCACCCCCAUCCCUCCUGUCACCUCCUGUCCCCC